GUUACUAAAGAAAUGAUGGAGACGGAUAUAAUAGUGUGUGAUGGAAGUCUGGAAGGUUCUGAACACGAAGAUUGUGAAAUGGACGAAGAUAUUGAAAUAAUCGCCGAACUAACACCCGAACAGAAAAUUCAUUUAGCAGAGGAGAAAAAGAUUGAAGGGAAUCGGUUUUAUACACAGAAAAAAUACAAAGAUGCUUUGGAAAUGUAUACAGCGGCCAUAGAUAUUUGUCCCACAUGUGCUGCAUUCUAUGGAAACCGUUCUGCUACUUAUAUAAUGCUGAACAAAUAUCAGGAGGCACUCGAUGAUUCACGAAGAGCAAUAGCUUUGGACAGUAAUUUUGUAAAGGGUUAUCUACGGGAAGGAAAAUGUCAUCUGGCAAUGGGAAAUGCCAUGGCUGCCUUAAACAGUUAUGAGAAAGUUUUAUUAUUGGAGCCCAACAACAAUGCUGUGAAGUCUGAGAUGAAUAAUGCCAAGGCAGUGUUGCAGUUUGUGGAAGCUGCGGAGAAAGACUUUGAAAAGGGAGAUUUUAGAAGGGCUCUGUACUGUAUGGAUAGGUGUAUAGAUCAUUCUCCAGCAUGUCCUAGGUUUAAAGUAAUGAAAGCCGAGGCAUUGGCACACCUGGGGCGAUACCAAGAGUCUCAAGAAACUGCAAAUGAUGUUAUUAGAUCGGACAGUUUGAAUGCAGAUGCUAUCUUUGUAAGAGGAAUGUGCCUUUACUAUGAAGAUCAGGUGGAUAAAGCCUACCAACAUUUUCAACAAGUAUUAAGGCUAGCUCCAGAUCACGUCAAGUCUAAGAACAUAUACAAGAAAGCCAAAAGCCUUAAAGCAAAGAAGGAAGAAGGCAACCAAGCUUUUAGAAGUGGGAAUUUGGAAGAUGCUUACAGACUUUAUUCAGAAGCUUUGCUAAUUGACACAAAUAAUAAGUCGGUCAAUUCCAAGCUCUACUGUAACAGGGCAACUGUGUGUUCCAAACUAACCAAACUAGAGGAAGCCAUAGAGGACUGCUCGAAAGCUAUUGAACUAGACAGUAAAUAUUUAAAAGCAUAUUUGAGGAGAGCAAAAUGUUAUACAGAUACAGAACAAUAUGAAGAAGCUGUACGGGACUAUGAAAAGGUUUUUAAUAUGGAAAAAACUCAUGAGCACAAAAGAUUACUUAAGGAGGCAAAACUAGAACUGAAGAAGAGUAAAAGGAAAGACUAUUAUAAGGUGCUAGGGGUCAGCAAACAUGCCUCUGAAGAUGAAAUAAAAAAAGCAUACAAAAAGAGGGCACUGGUUCACCAUCCAGACCGCCAUUCCCAUGACACCCCAGACAAACAGAAAGAAGAGGAGAAGAUUUUCAAAGAGAUAGGAGAAGCUUACAGUAUUUUGUCUGAUUCUAAGAAAAAGGCUCGUUACGAUAGCGGUCAAGAUUUAGAAGACAUGGAAGGUGGUUUUGCAGACUUUGACCCCAACACGAUAUUUCAAGCUUUCUUUGGAGGAAAUCAGGGAUUUCAUUCAUUUGGUGGUCAUGGAUUUGGAGGACAUCAUUCAAACUCCUUCCACCACUCAAAUAGCUUUCCCGGUGGCUUUACUUUCCAGUUUGGUUAAUCAUGGAGGUCCGGUCAGAGUACUUGAAUGCUGUGGCUUGUGUGCACAAAAAAAGAUUUGACUUACUUACUCAGGUUUGGCACCAUCUUACUUGAUGUCAUACUCAAGCGCUAAGUAAAUAAAUAACACCCCAUCACAUCAUUUAUUUCAUUAAACCCAUCCAACCAAACUUGAGUAUUACAUACUCAGAUUGCCAUUGUAUGUUGGGCCAAGUUAAGUCUACUUUGUGUAUAUUCCCAAACCAAGUAUUUAUUAAAGAACUCAAACCAAUCCAACUGACAGGAAUGUGUCAUUGCCCUGCCAAAUUGAGGAAUAUGAAACAAACUAUUUGAAAUAUUUCUGAUUGCUUCCUAGCGAAGCAUGUGCUCUGACAAAUGUACAGGACUGCAGCUUUCUGUUCAUGCAGGGAAUGAUUGACUAUUUUCGCUCACUAUGGUUCCAACCAAUAGUGCUACUGUAUAUUUAUUCUGGCCUGUAGAUAUGUACGUAUAGUUAUAUUCAGUGAAUAUAAAUGAGCACAAGAGAUCUACAUUAGAUCAUCUGUCUUCAUUACAUGAUUUUUAAGGGAGUGUGAUAAUUUUUUUUUUUAGCUUCCAAUUUCAGACUUAAUUUAAAAUACAAUAUAGCUCAUGUUAUUUGAAGGAAGGUGAAUUUUUAGUAAGGGUCAUAAAACAGUAAUGUCAUCUGUGUAUGUCUUGCCCUGUAAGUCAGGUUUAUUACAAAUCUUAACAACCAUGUCCAGUAGAACUUCAAUUUGUUGUAUGUUACUCAAACCCCAUUGUGCCUGAUGGUUUUAAAGGUGUGUACCAAUAUUACAUAAAAGUGAUGAUAAUAAUAACAUA